AAAAAUAAAUUUUUUUUUUGUGUUUCUUUGUGAACGAACAAUGGCAGACAAUAGUGAAAAACGCGACCGCGCAGUGAGUCCGAACGUUGUGAACAUUACCGAAAGUGUAUCGGAGACAGACAAUAAUAUGGCGUUGUUAUUUAAAAUGCAGCAAGAAAAUAACAACAGUUUCCAAAAACAAAUCAUGGAAAUUUUGUCGACAAUGGCCAACGCCCAAACUACUCAAGCAACAUUGAGGGUGACUGCGCAGACGCAACCUGUUUCCGCUUCAGUAUCAGAAGGUGUAAGUGCCGCGGCGGCGCAGUUUCGACUUGCCAGUUUUGACCCAGAUGAUACACCGUUUACUAUGGUUGAGUGGAUGGAUGAUGUUACUAGGAUCCAACAGGAGCUGGAAAUAUCCGAUACUCUUAUUGUUUUAAAAGCUGGUCAUGCUUUACGAGGACGUGCAGCACGCUUUUAUCAACAUUGGAAACCUAUUAUUAGAGAUUGGGCUUCUUUUCGACGAGAUUUUGAAAUUGCGUUUCCUGAGUUAGGUACUCCUGCUACUCGUAUCAGAAAUUGUUUAGCAAUUAAGAGUUCAAGUUUUGAUUCACUAGUAGAAUACGGUAACGCCAAAUUAACAGCAAUUAGAAGAUUUUAUUCAGACUUUCCAUGGAAUGUUGUGUUAAGUCUUGUUGAAUACGAUAUUCAAAACACAGAAGUGAAAAAUCGAAUCUCCUUGCUAGCUCCUACAUGUGAUUCUGAACUAUUAAAACUGUUGGCUACCUGUGAUGCGAAUAAAUUGAACGCUGGUGUGCGAGAGCGUGAAUUGUCACGAAAACGACCGUAUAGCUUUCGUGAUCAGCGUUCGUUUCAAGGAAACUGCAGAAGAUGUCAACGCUAUGGACAUAAAGCAGUGGAUUGCAAAAAUGCGGAAAAAAUACAGAAUAUGUCGGAAAAGGUACAGCCGGGUCCUUCUGGAGUACAUCAAAGAAAUUUUUCGUCUGGCAACAACACCUCAGCAAAUAAGAAGUUUUGUAACAUCUGUGGAGUGAAUGGACAUUCAGAAGAUACAUGCUAUAGUAAAAAACAAUGACAUGAGGCAUCAAAACGAGUGCUCCUGGCAAAAAACACUCGUUUUAUCCGUUCAUUUCCAUCAGCUAGGGUCACUAACAAUUCCAUGAUCAGUUCAAUAUCAUACUUAGUAGACACAGGUGCAGAUAUCUCAAUACUUCACGAAAAAAUAGCGAAAGCCUUAGACUUGCAAAUUCAACCGGAUUGCCAAAUACUGUCUGGUGUAGGAAAUUGUGUUAUGAAGCCUCUGGGUCGCAGUAGUGUUGUGAUGUGUACACCAACCAUGACAUUAGAAAUUGAUUUUCUAAUUGUGCCAGAUGGAUCAAUUCCUGGAUGUGAUGUUGACGCUUUAAUUGGACUUGAUGUUUUAAAACGACCAGUGAUAGGCAACGAAUUUGUGCUAUAUACGCGUUUGAAGAAAAUGACUUAAAUUUGUCAGGACUGGACGAGUGGGUUAUUAAGGAAAUAAAAACAAUAAUC